UUCUUAUAAUAGCAACGGAAGUUUCGGUGUUGUCGACGUUAACUAGUCAAAAAAGCACGUUAUUUGUUAAAGAUGGAUCUGAUAGAUUUUUUCUCUGAAGUUUUAGAGGGGUUGGAAAAUAGAGAUACUGCAGUCAUUGGAAUAGCUGUUGGCAUAUUUAUUGUAAUAUUAUCUUUCUUGGUCUUUCUUCUAAGUGGUAGAGGCAACAAACGACAAGGUGUUCUUCUCCUGGGAAUGUGUGACACUGGCAAAACACUCAUUUUUCAUAAGCUUGUGUACAAGAAUGACAAGCCAUUACAUACAGUGACUUCAAUGGCCCCAAACAGUGGAGAUUAUUCUGUUCCAGGAAAGAACACAUCUUUGAAGAUACAUGAUCUGCCUGGACAUGAAAGACUUCGACUACAGAUUCUGGAUCAGUUCAAAGGGCUUGCCAGGGGUAUUGUGUAUGUCAUAGAUAGUAGCUCUUUACAGAAAGAUAUCAAAGAAGUUGCAGAAUUCCUUUACACUGUGCUGAGCGACCCUGUGAUCCAGAGCAAUGCCCCUCCCUUCCUUAUUGCUUGUAACAAACAGGAUCAACAUCUAGUCAAAGGAGCCAGUUUUAUUGAGAAGCAAUUACAAAAGGAAAUGAAUACUCUGAGGGUGACACGUUCAGCUGCCCUCCAACAGUUAGAGAGCACUGCAGGAAACAAUAACACCUACCUUGGUAAACGUAGUAAGAAUUUUGAAUUCUCUGAUUUGAAACCGCUGCGAGUGCAGUUUGUGGAAUGUAGCGCAGUGGAUACUUCUGACAAGGAUCAGCCAGGACUGAUGGAAGUCGAGAAAUGGUUGGCAACAUUAGUGUAAACUCGAGAGUUCUGGAAAAUUUACCAUGAGUGAUUUGUAGACUUCAUGGAAAAUUAUAAUAUUGUGUAAAUGUACUACAAAGUAUGUUGUUCAUGAUAAAGAAGAGACAUGUUGAGAGGUAGAAUUGUUAUGCAUGUUCUGAGAUUGAAUUUUGUGAGUUCUUUGAUAAUUGGUGAUGUUACAUUAUUUAGUGCAUUUUCUGUCUUCAUUAAUAAAAAGUUUGUUUAUUUUUCAUUGCCAA